AUGUUAUAUAUUGUUUGUGCAUUUGUAAUUCUCUCCAUCAACCUGUCCUCAUCAGUAGCCCAUGCAGCAAUCGACUUGAAGGAAUCUUACAUAGGAUGCUAUCGAAACAUCAGCUUAACGAAGACAGUUGCAUCAGUUGGCUCAGUGGGUGAAUGUUCACUGGAGUGCACAGAUGAAAGUAACAAUAUGAUCGCUUUGAAGAGUAGAAAAGAAUGCAACUGUAUUGGAAGAUCCGAAGUUUGCGGAUGUUAUCACCUAGGUCAUGAGACAAAAGCAGCGAUAUUCGCAACACGCUUCCAAUACGACUUCCAAAGAGGAGUAUCAACUUAUUCUCACUGCAGAAACAAAAACAACGGAAGUUACGAAAUAACAGCAAACUGUCCUGAUGGAUGCGAUCCGGGAUGGAGAGGUGAUUCAUGCAGAGAAAGAGAUUGCUCAUCAGGUGGAGGAGAUUGUCCCGUUGAAAUGGAAUGUAUUGAGUCCACGGUGAAUGGUAAUAAGUACGUUGAAUGUGUCUGUCCUCCUGGUAAGGUCAGAAACAAAUGGUACCAAUGUGAGGUUUUCAGGUUGAACGAAACGUUCGACGUGAGCAUUAGAGAAGACAUCAGAGACAAAGUCAACUUGUGCGGGUUCGGACCAGAAAAAGGGAUACAGGGCGGAAAUCCCAUGAUUGUUGUUUGUGAGAACUUCACUAUCCUCACAAGAUUUGUUUUCAUUCAACCAUCUGAUGAGAGAAUGAAAGAUCAUCAUACAGCACUCGCAGAGUUGGAAGUAUUCGAGGCUGGAUGCGAUCUUUUCAACGGGAGGUGCGGAGAGGUGGAGUCGUGCAGAGAGGAGAAGAAAGAAGGGACAGUCACCAUCAGUUGUUCAUACAAAAUUACUGCAGCAAACGCCAAUGAAGAAAGCAACUCAACAACUGAAGAAAGCAACGCAACAACUGAAGAAAGCAACUCAACAACUGAGGGAGUAUAUACAAGACUUCCGUCAAGUAAUGUAUUUUCAAUUGUCGGAACCACAGGGGCCCUGUUUGCUGUUUUAGCUACGUCUGUUUUGUUGGCUUUGAUUUUGAAAAAAAGAAAAAAGAAAGAGGAAGAGAAAAAGAAAGAAAGUAAAGACGCACAGUCGGAAGCUUCGCCUGAAGAAGAUGAAUUGUAG